AUGGCCGCCGUGUGGGGCGUCCAUUGUGUUCUCCUCCCGCUUGCUCUGCUUCUCCAGUUUGUAUCACUCGGCUGGGCUGCAACAGUCACGUACGACUUCGAAAUCGGGUGGUUGACCGCGAAUCCAGAUGGGCAGGCAGACCGCCCUACCAUUGGAAUCAAUGGCCAAUGGCCGAUUCCAAUCAUCGAGGCCGAAGUUGGGGACAGAGUCAUCGUCAAUGUCCUCAACUCUCUGGGGAACCAGACCACCUCUCUGCAUUUCCAUGGCUUGUUCAUGAAUAAUGCCACACAUAUGGACGGCCCCGUCCAGGUCUCACAGUGCUCAAUCCCGCCGGGAUCCCGCUUCACGUACAAUUUCACCAUUGAUCAACCAGGGACCUACUGGUACCACUCACACGACAAGGGCCAAUAUCCAGACGGCCUUAGGGGACCUCUGAUCAUCCAUGACCCUAAGAACCCCUUCAAGGAUCAGUAUGACGAGGAGCUCGUCUUGAGCGUCUCCGACUGGUACCAUGACCAGAUGCCCGACCUCAUCUCCUUUUUCAUCAGCAAGGCCAACCCGAGCGGCGCAGAGCCGGUCCCGAAGGCCGCUUUGUUUAACGAUACCCAGGACCUGAAAAUCCCAGUCCAGCCUGGCAAGACAUACUUCAUCCGCAUGGUAAACAUUGGCGCCUUCGCUGGACAGUACAUCUGGUUUGAGGGCCACAACAUCACCAUUGUCGAGGUCGACGGCGUCUACCACGAGCCUGCGGAGGCGAGCAUGAUAUACUUGGCUGCCGCUCAGCGGUGCAGCUUCCUGAUCACCGCCAAGAACGAGACCGAUGCGAACUUCCCAUUUGUGGCCAGCAUGGAUACUACCUUGUUCGACACGCUUCCCGAUGAUCUGAACUACAACGUAACCGGGUGGCUGACAUACGACGAUUCGAAGCCUUUCCCGGAUCCCGCACUUGUAGAUGAGUUUUAUGAGUUCGACGAUGUUACUUUGGUACCUCACGACAAGGAACCUAUCCUCGGCGAGCCAGACCAGACGGUUCAUCUGAGUGUCAUCAUGGACAAUCUCGGGGAUGGUGCAAACUAUGCCUUCUUCGACGACAUCACCUACCAGCGUCCAAAGGUCCCAACUCUGUAUACUGUGCUCAGCGCGGGAGAACUUGCCACCAACCCCCAAGUCUACGGAACUUACACGCACCCCUUCGUCUUGGAAAAAGGCCAGAUCGUCGAGAUCAUAGUGGACAACCUAGACACAGGAAAGCAUCCGUUCCAUCUUCACGGCCACGCCUUCCAGGCUGUUUGGCGCUCCGAGGAGGACGCGGGCACGUUUGUGGAUUCCAACGUCACCUCGGCCGACUUCAGCCCGGUUCCGAUGCGACGAGACACUCUUGUUCUCUACCCGACCGGCAACAUUGUCUUGCGCUUCAAGGCCAACAACCCAGGCGUCUGGCUCUUCCACUGCCACAUUGAAUGGCACGUAGUCUCGGGUCUCAUCGCCACCUUCGUCGAGGCACCCCUGGAGCUGCAGAAGACUAUCCAGAUCCCCAAGGGACAUCUCGAUGUCUGCGUAUCGGAAAACGUCCCUACCGCCGGAAAUGCGGCCGGAAACACGGCCGACUUCCUGAAUCUGGAUGGCCAGCCGACCCCGCCGAAGCCUCUACCUGCAGGAUUCACCGCGCGCGGCAUCGUCGCCCUCGUCUUCAGCUGCCUGAGCGGUAUCCUCGGCAUCUCCGUCAUCGCCUGGUACGGCCUUGCCGCGGACCCGAGCCAGGGCACCGCCGCCUACAACCCGGCCCCCGGAGGCGACGCCGUGGCGGGGCAGAACGGUGUCCACUCGGAGGCUCCUGGUGGGGAGGGCGAGCAGCCAGGGGUUGUCGUGGCCUCGGGAGGGGGCGCUGGCGCCAGGGCAUAG